UAAAGAGUCAAGCUUAGAGAGAGAUAUCUGAAAGCAGAACACAUGAUUCUGACAUGACCAGCUCGGAAUAUUGUGUGUUAAAUAUCUGAAAUGCUCGUGAAUGCUAACAUGACCACACAGAUGCUGCUACUGCUUGUGACUAUGGCCUGAAAGGGUUGUAAAGUUCAGUGUUCAUUGUGAGGGGAAUGUUCUACUGUAAAGCCGUGUGUGUGUGUGUUUAUAUACCCUCUGAAGCCGAAUGACUAAGAAUAAUUCAUAACGGAAAGAACCCCCCCCCUCCCCCCCCCUAUCAAAACCUGUUAACAUUAUCUGUGCUUUUCUGUUCUCAUCUGCUGCUGUUGUACUAACUACUGUGGGGUUGCUAAACCAAGAACCCCAGGCACAAUUUUUAGUAAUGAUGUGAAUAGGGGAAUAUUUAUUUCAUAUUCAGGAGCAGUAUACGAAACCAAGACCCCUUGCACAAUUUUUGAUAACAAUGUGAAUAAGGAGAAUAUUUAUUUCAUAUUCAGGAGCAGUAUACGAAACCCAAAACCCCUGGCAAAAUUUUUGGUAACGAUGUGAAUUAGAAGAAUAUUUAUUUCAUAUUUAGGAGCAGUAUAUUGGAUACCUAUAAUUUGUUUCAACCGAUAACCGCAAACUAUGGAUUCUGGGUAUGGUGGUUCUGGACACUGAGACGACCGUUGCGCAAACUAUGGAUUAUGAGGAUGGUUGUGGACUGUGAGACACCCGUCACAAGUGUGUAGAAUGGCCAAGAAGAGCGAUGGGCGGUCGUUCAACGUCAGCGUGAUCGGCCUGUCGGGGACGGAGCGUGAGAAGGGACAGUAUGGCGUGGGCAAGUCGUGCCUGUGUAACCGCUUCAUCUACCAGGUGGCAGACCGUUACCACCAGGAGCACAUCUCGGUGCUGAGCCAGAGCGACUUUGCCGGCCGCAUCAUCAACAACGAUCACUUCCUGUACUGGGGCGACGUCACCAAGACCGACGAGGGCAACAACUUCACGUUCCAGGUCGUUGAGCAGACCGAGUUCAUUGACGACGUCUCGUUCCUGCCGUUCAAGACGGGACGCACGGAGCCCUACGCCAAGCGGUGUGUCGCCACCAAGGUCCAGUCGGCUGAGAAACUCAUGUACAUCUGUAAAGAUCAGCUAGGCAUGGAGUCCGACUACCAGCAGAAGAUCAUCCCCGAGGGCAAGAUCGGAAUAGACGGCUUCAUCUGCUGCUUUGACGUCAGCCAAGUGCAACACCGGCCCGUCGACAAACAGGUCGAGUUCGUCACAGCCAUUCUGAGCAACGCCCUCAAGACGAAGAAGCCGCUGGUGCUGGCAACGACGAAGCACGACGAGGCGGACGAGUGCCACGUGGAGAGGGUGGAGCGCAUGCUCAGCAAGAAGGAGUUCAAGGGGAGCUUCCCCCUCGUGGAGACGUCCGCCCAGGAGAAUGUCAACGUGGAGCUGGCCUUCAUGACCCUCGCUCACAUGAUCGACAAGACCAAGACGAAGCCCAAGGUGCUGCAAUACCACGAGGCCAUCAAGGCCCGACAGGAGAUCCUGAACGUGGCCACGAAAGCGUACCAGAAUCUGCUGAAGCAUCAUGUGGUCGACCCGAAGGCUGCAUGGAUGGUGUACAGGAAGAAGUUUGACACCGAGUCGGACUUCGGCCACUAUGUGGAUCUGUUCGGAACCGAGAUGGCCAAGAAGCUCUUUAAGCAGCACGUGAGGAAGCUGCGUGAUAGGCAGAUCAUGGACAAGGAACAUCUUUUUGUGUUACAGAUUCCACAGAUUUUAAAACAUUUUCUCCCCAACCUAGAUGCAAUAGCUGACAGAAGUUGGCCAACCAUACAGAAAAGUAUUCAGAAGCAGCCGGAUUUUCACAGAUUUUUUGUCGAGCCUGCUUUGUUUGGUCAGGACUCUUGGAAAAUGUGUGAGAGUUUCUUGGACGAUCCGAAUGAGAAACGAAUUCCAUUUGAUUUGCUCAACACAUCUGAUGCAGAAACCUGCUUCAGAAACCACGUUAAUGAACUACAGGCUAGUCAUCGGAGAAAAGAACUACAGCAAGACUUCAAGAAGCUGCUGCAGGACAACAACCACGUGACCCCGGGCAAGCCCCUGAACGAGACGUAUGUGUUCUUCGUGGGCAAGGAGAGCUACAACGCGCUGACCGAGUCGGACCGGCUGAUGGUCUAUGAGCAACACCAGAGCGACCUCAAGCAGCGGGCCAAGCAUGAGCUGCAGGAGCUGCUGUGGGAGAAGUCGAACGUCUUCUUCAACCUCAACUCCACGGGGCGGAUGACGCCGGAAGACUUGAAGGGAAUCACCAAUGCUCUGCAAGAUGAUCCGAGGUACAGAGUUUUGCAGAAGCUGGAGGAAGACCGGAAGGUGAUGGUGUUGAAUCACCUCGGUUUCAUCCAAUGUCCGUCUAAAGAUCGGUGCUACUUCAAGUACAGCUGUGUGGACAUCCUCGUUGAAAACGCUUUGUCACAGAAGGCAGCUAGACCGGAGAAGGUAGAAUCGAGAGUUUCUACAGAGACUGCAGAAAAAACUCUCAACUUGGUGCUUCUUGGUAAAGAGGGGCUUGCAAUAGAUCUGAACAAAGAAAUCAGGAAUCUUUGCUCAGAAGAUGAAUAUAGACAUAACAAUGAAGUGUACAGUUUAGACUACAGACCAAUAGACGGGGAUGUUAGUUUAGAACAGAAUGCUCUUGCCACAGCUAACUUUAAACCACACGGUUGUCUUUGUGUGUACAACUCGAUGCAUACGUUAGAGUAUGUGCGGACCAGCCUGGAGCAGUCUCUGUUCACUGACCUGGAGCAGGAACAACAGACGCUGCACGGCAUCCCGAUCGCCAUCAUCCAGGCCCACAACUCUAGUCACUGUCAGAAGGAAGCCGAGAUUCUCCAUGAAGAAGGCCUACAUCUUGCCAGAAGGUUACAUGGAGAAUUUAUCCACAUUCCAGAAGACGACCACUUGGAUGAGAGAUCGCAGUUUUCUGCCAGGCAGAUCCACAAGGCGCUGUCUGCGGUGAUUUCCCGCUGUUCGGCCAGUCUCGGGGGCUGGCUGCUCUCUCAGUAUGCUGAACCCGAUAUCAGGGUGAAAAUGUGCAUGAUGUGUGGUGAUCAGUAUUCCGUGGAUGUUCCACUUGGUCCGCUCCUAAAUCACGAACUGUGCCAAGUGUCGCUUCAAAACCAAAACAAGCUAACUAUAGACAUGUUCUUAGAAUUCACCAAGCAGCGAGUGGAAAUUGAAGUGCUAUCGUACCACGCUGCUAAUGUGUUACAAGAUCACCCUACACAUGGAUAUAUCCUUGUAUACUCUGCCAAGAGGAAAGCAUCGCUAUGUACCCUAAGGGCCUUUGCCAUGCGCCUUCCCGCCGUGCCUAAACUGAUCCUGGCCAUUGUCGACAGUGGUGGUAGCGCUGCGUCGUUCUUCUCCAACAACUUCAGCCAGAGUCUGAUGACGGAGGGCAAUGCCCUCGCCGACCAGCUGGAGGCUCACUUCAUGACGAGCACGGCGAACUUUCAACAACAAACUGCUGUUUAUGUUCCGUUCUUCCAAGAUGCCUGGGAACGCAAAGAGGAAUCGGAAGACCUGUUCCGUGACACCGAAGAGGAGCAGAGUCCACCAGCUUAUGAAGACCCCCGCAUGAGUUUCCUCGACAAGCGCCCCCCGGCCCCUCUCCCCCAGCACUACGCUGUGUACCCGACCAACAAGAGCAGCACCAGCAACAGUCAAAGUACAGAAGACUCUGAACCCCUGUAUGAUCAGCCGACUUUGUACCACAGUCAGUAUUCUGACAGUGACCACGAGAGGGCAUCCUCUGUCUCGCCAACGGAGGAGAUCUAUGCGGAAGUCGGGCAGCCCAACGGGGAACACCUGGUCAAGCCCAGCUAUGUUAAAACCAGACGUAACAUGUAUGCAGCCCAGCACACCAAGGACCACCGCAAGUCCUUGCCAAUUCUCGAGAGCUCCGAUUCUAAAACGAUGACCGAGAGCACUGAGUUCUCGGACUCUGACCUUGUGUUGUCGGCGGCGAUGAGCAAAUCGUACAGUUUAAAACUGGAGAGUCAGUCGGAGGAGGAAGGAGCAUGGGCAUUGAAUGACCCUGUAAAGGAGAGAAGUUACCUACUGGCCUCCAAACAGACAUCAAGCAGCGAAGAGGGCUGGGUGGAAAAUUCAGCCUACGAUUCUCUUCCUCGUUCCCAAGGCAACGUGAUGUGGUCGAACAAUGAUGGGUACAACCAGUCUCUUGUGGACACCUUCAGUCAGAUGCACCUGGGUCCGAGCCGGUCCCAGCACGACAAUUGGUCGGAAAAUGACUGCCAUGUUGCGGCCGAUCGGAGGAAAACCAUGGGCAUUCGAUCUCACUCACAAGGCGCAAACCAGAUUCAAGCUCCUUUAGCAAUUCCAGAACCUAUAGAAAUCCCAGAUUACUGUACAGUGAAGGACGCAGUCAGUAGGAUAGAGGCUCAGGAGAACGAUUACGCUCUUGUACAGGACGCGCUUCCUGCUGGAAAACUCUGCCGAAUCAAGUCUACAGCCAGACAGAAAGAAAAAGGGUCUGAUUCCGAAGAUUCCGAGUUCAGUUCUUUAGAGCGGGAGAAGAAACAUGAGUCGAUUUACCAGCGUGUGAGCCGACGACCGACUCCGUACCGAAAGAAAUCCAAACAGAAAACACACGAUGCCUACCAGAAACAGAAAACUACAUACUCUGACAAACAUCGCCCGCCAAGGGUCAGUGACAGUGCUGAUAGAGGCCAGAGUAACUCUGCGUCGGAGGAAUGUAGUGAUGGGACGGGUGAGGAGUUCCUGCUGACUAGUCGUAAGGAGAAGAAGCGGCGGUCUCUCAAACAGCGCAACCUGCGCUCCCUCGCCUCCAACAGCCCGCAGCACACGAUCAGCCCCCCCAUGUCCGACAGCGAUCACUACGGCUCCCCGCCACACCGGCAGAUCAUCGACGACGACAGUUCAUACCCGGCCAUGCUGACGUCAUACACGACUCUGCCUCGGUACGGAGUCAUGGGUGGCGAUGACUUCGAUCCCAAUGACAGUGGUCACUGGCGCCAUAAGCUGUUCACUCUACGUGAUCCGGAGAAACAGAAGAAAAAACUGGAGAAGCGAAAUCGUGAUGAUGAACGCAGGAGAUUAAAAGAGGAGGAGAAGAAGCAGAAAGAAAAGGAAAAGUUACAGAAGAAGAUAAAGAAAAAGGACAGCAAGAGUUCUGGCCCGUCACAGAGUGGAUUCUUCCUGGAGGACUUCCCCACGUCUAAUGACAAUCCUUGUAUUCCUUCGUUCGUGGAGAAGUGCAUUACCUACAUAGAACAAGAAGGUCUUCAAGCUGAAGGCAUUUACAGAAUACCAGGAAAUAAAGCACAAGUGGAUCUCCUGGUCAGCAGAGUUAAUGAAGACCCCAAUGUGGACAUCUCUACACUGGAGAUUCAGGUGAACGCAGUCGCUACGGUUCUCAAGGGUUUCUUCAUGGAUCUGACCGAACCUCUUAUACCUCAGAGUCUUUACGAUGAGUUGAUACACGCAGCAGCACUUACAACAGUUGUUAUUUUUCUGCCACAAGGAGUUAAAGGGGAAGGUGUUCCAGGCAAGAGUAGUCGAUUGCUGGCCUUAAGAGGCGUCUUCAAGAAAUUACAACAGCAGAAUUACGAACAGAAUUUUCAAGUGCUCAAAUAUCUCAUAACACAUUUACACAGGGUUACGAAGCAUUCUGAAAUAAACAGUAUGGACAGUCAGAACUUGGCUCGAUGUUGGUGGCCGACAGUGAUGCGAUUGGACAUUAAGUCAUAUGAACAGAUGGGACAGUAUUCGCGCUACGCGGUCGACAUCAUGCAGACUUUGAUAGAACAAUAUAGCUUCUUUUUUCAUGGGGGCGACGAAGUCUGAAACCAUAUCAUUUUAAUGUUUCAUUUUUUUUAAAACAUUUUUUUUGUUUUUUACAUUCUUGUGAUGUCUGAGGAUUUGUUUGUUUUUCUCUGAAGCGGUUGAAAGAAGAAGAAAAAGUCUACUUGAGACUGGGUCUAGUGUUUUGGGGAAGAUAAUUCAGAAAGUGGUGCGAAGCAUUGGGUUUUCUGUGACCAGUGGCACCAGAUGUGUUAUGUGUUUUGAGAUUCAGAUGAUUCAGAAGACUAUUCAGAAAAUGAAUCAGAAGAUGAUUCGUCAUAUCAAACUUUAAUAUUCUGAAGUUAUUCAUUUCACUUUGUUAAGGUCCAAAAUUCACUUUUCAGCAGGGAAACAGCCAUUCAGCUUUAAAAAAAAAAAAAAAAAAAUCUGAUUUAAGCUUAAUUAGGCAUAAAAUUAUAAUAAGUAGAUUGGAUUUGAUGUGAAAUGUUGACUUUUUUUGUUAUUAGGUAUGAUCUAGAGUGUUUGGCCUUUUAUAAAUUUUAAUAAUCAUUUUGGUUUUUACUUUUAAAUGGGUAUCUUAUCUCUUAUAUCUUUAAUUCUUAAUAGUAUCCAUUGGUUACGGAGAAAAAUAAGGAUACAACCAAUGAAAAGUGCAGUACUUUAGUUGAGGUUUGGUACGUAGUAGUUUCAAAACAGGAGUGAAAAAACAAUGUGUGUGAAUUUGUUUACAGCAUGGAAAGCAUAAUGAUAGACACAUAGUAUUCCAGUUGUGUGAAUACUGGUAUGUGUGAUUAAUAAUGAAAAUUUAACACUCACAAAUAUUUUCUAUUGACUAAUUAUACGACAUAUCAGGGUUCAGUCAUAAUUUAAAAAACCCCAAAACGCUCGUCAAAGUUUUAUUUACGAUUAUGGAUGAUUAAUCUUAUCAAGUAAAAUGUAGAAGCCUUUAGUUUUUUUUUAAUAGCGACCAAAGAAAUCACAUGAUAUUCAGCGUCACUGAAUCGGUGAAUUGUUCACUUUAAUCAUUGUGCUAGUGUUAAAAUAAUGAUUCUAUUUGCCACAUUCUGUACUUGACAACCACACACACUGUUUCUACCAUGGAUGGGAGGUGAAUUGUUAACACAAUGUUUUUCUCUUUUUUUUCUCUUUUUUUUUUGACCUGAUUCUGUGAUUGUUGAGUCCAUUAUGGCCUCUCCAGCUGUUCACUGUUACCUGCUCUCUUCUCCGAGACUGCACAGUUGAUACAUUUUGCCUUAUAUUGUUAUCAUCUACGGACUCUGUUAACAUUGAUGUUGUUACUUCUAUUUAUUCUUUAGUGUAUGUGUACCUUAGAGACUUACGGAUCAAGAGCUAAAACUUAAGAAAGAUAAUUAGGAUGCAUUUAUUUCACAUGAUUUAAGUCUUUAAGUGGUAUUCUCAUUAUGCGAUUGUCACAUGCAAUUUGUCGACCCUACAAAAAUUGGAACGUAUAAGACUAAAGUCAUUCCGAUUUAGGUGUUCUCAAAGUAUGAUUCAGUUGCAUGCAACAAGUCUGUGUGACUAAAACGCGUAAUGAGAACAUCCCUUUAAACAGACAAAAUAAAGAUGUGUGUGAUUGUGACUACACAUCAGCAGUUUUUGUAAAUUAUUAAAUUUUAAAUAUAAAUGGCUGUUUUAGGAAUGUUACGCGCAAUUAACAGAGAAAUAUAUCCUGUAAAUUCAGCCAUGAUUUUUUUUUUUAACUCUCCAGCACAAACAAAAGCACCAUCUAUUGGGUGUGGGUUGAAUGCACACUUAUACCAUGUGGGUACUCUACCUAUUUCAAAACACAGAUGUAUUAAUUGUCAGAAAUAUUUUCUUUCUCAACAUAAAACACAUUUGUUUAACCUGGAUUUUAAAUUUUCCCUUUUUUAAUUUUUUUUUUUAAAUAUAUAUUUAAGUGAACAAUGUCUAAAAAUCAAUACCAAAAUUACUUUUUGAAUAUAUGACAACAGUUACUACUUUUUUUGCAAGCUGGCAUAAUUUUAACCUUUGACCUUUUCUAAACUAGCCUUCAAAAUACAUUCUCAGUAAUAUUAUUAGUGGAAGAAUGAAAGAUUGUGAUAUUUUCUAAUUUAAAAAAAAAUGUUUUCCAUCUAUUCAUAUCUCCAUGUUUUGAAAAAAACCCAUAUAUGGGGACAAUUUCUGAUAGUGAAGAACUUUUUGAAGUGGGGGGACCACAAUUUGCAAGAUCAAUAGUGUUAAACUGCUGAAAAACUAUAAAUAGAUAUGAAUAAUGAAUAACUUUGCCAUGUAACCCAAGCACAAAAAGAAUGUUUACAUGUUACUUAUCUAGGUAUGUAAUGUCUUGUUCAACCCAACAUGAAAGCAGUAUAUAUUGAAUAAAAUAGUAUAAGUAAAUACUGGCCUUGGUGGCGUCGUGGUUAAGCCAUCAUACAUAAGGCUGGUAGGUACUGGGUUCGGUGGUGUCGUGGUUAAGCCAUCAUACAUAAGGCUGGUAGGUACUGGGUUCACAGCCCGGUA